CAAUUAGAGUGCUCAGUCCAUAGACCCAAUUUUCUUAUAUGUGAUACUUCAGAGCCUGGCGGCGGCGGAAAUGGCCGGCGGCGAAUCGGACCGUCGGCUGUCGGACUUCACGGAAACAGGGAUUUACCACUUCGACGACGCAGGUGCCUUCUUCGUAGACUCUGUUCGGGUGCUGAACCGAUUUUACACCAGGUUUAGGGUUUCUCCUUCCGCUUACUACUCCCGCUUCUUUCCAGCCGCCGACAACGGCAAUAAUCCUCCACGGAAACGAAAACGUGGUGGGAAAGAGAUUAAUACGCCUCAGAAUCUCAAUUCGAGGGAGAAAAUUGCCGAACAACGUCAUCAGGAGGCGAGACGAGUAUUGUUGAAGGCGCAUGAGGCGUUCCUUGGCGCUGGUCAGCUGUUGCAAGUUUUGCCGCAUUUGAGGAACGAUACAGAGGAACGCAAUGGAGAAUCCUUUCCGCGGAAGAAUGAGAUUAAUUUUGUCGAAUUGGGAAGCGUCUGGCAAGCUCCAUUUUAUGAGAUUUCUUUCAAGGAUGAAGACGGUAACAGAUCAGCUGAAACUGCAGCAGGUGAUGAAUCGCGAAGAGUGGCGCGAGUGUUCGGUAACUUUGUUGCUAAUGAGGGUAGUGAUGAUAUCGAAGCUGAAUUCUUGGGCCACGAAUACAUCCUACCGAAGGAAAGCUGUUUCUACAUGUCCGAUCUCAGACAGAUUCACAACCUGAUUCCCGCUGAAUCCGACAAUGGCUUCAAUCUUAUAGUGAUCGAUCCGCCUUGGGAGAACAGCAGUGCGCAUCAGAAACAAAUAUACCAAACAUUGCCUAAUCGGUACUUCCUAUCACUUCCUAUAAAGCAACUUACCCAUACCGAUGGAGCUCUGAUCGUUUUAUGGGUAACGAAUCGGGAGAAGCUACGUAGCUUCGUAGAAAAUGAGUUAUUUCCGAAGUGGGGCGUCGAACGCAUCGCGACUUUUUACUGGCUAAAGGUGAAGCCCCAUGGCUCGAUGAUCAGCGAGCUGGAUCUCUUUCAUCACAAGCCGUACGAAUGUCUUUUGCUCGGUUUUAGCCGUGGGAAGGAAAUGAACUCUGAGAUGGGAGUCGACCGGAUACCGGAUAACCAGGUGGUCGUCAGCAUCCCUGGCUCAUAUUCGCGAAAGCCACCUAUCGGAGAGGUGCUGCUCGACUACUAUGUGCCGGAGCUCCGGCGGGGGCGCCGCGUCGAGCUUUUUGGGAGGGAGAUGAUGGGUGGGUGGACAUCCUGGGGUAAUGAACCUCUACAUUUUCAAGAUUCAAUAUACUUUGUUAGGAAAACAUGAGGAGGUACACAAACACUUUCUUCACCCCGUUAUUUUAUUUUUAUCUAUACAAUUCUCUGUAAAUAUAUAUAUAUUUUUAUAUUAUUAACAUAAUUUUAUGUCUAAGAAUUAAAAAUUUCACAAUAAUAAAAAGAAAAUCGUGUAAUGCAUCUUUAGAACA